AUGGCUACUGAUUCAGGGGAGCCAGCUAGCACAGAAGAUUCUGAGAAACCUGAUGGAGUUUCAUUGGAAAACAGAGUUCAUCAGAUGGCAGCAACUUUGACAGUGGAAGCUAGACUAAAGGAAAAAGACAGUACCUUCUCUGCUUCUGGAGAAACUAUAGAAAGGAAGAGAUUCUUCCGAAAGAGUGUUGAUGACAAAGUUAUCGAAUCUUCCUCCAAAGAUGAGAAAACAAAGACUGCAACCAAUAUUCCAAGUGUAGAAAAGCUUUCUACAAAUGUGCUAAGAGGUGAACAAGAUGUUAAAUACUCACAAUGUUCAAAGGCAACUUCUGAAUCCUUAAAAGAUUGUUUGAAGGAGAAAAAUGAAAAGGAAAUGGAAGAAGAAGCAGAAAUGAAGGCUGUAGCUACUUCUCCUAGUGGCAGGUUCCUGAAAUUUGACAUAGAGCUGGGAAGAGGAGCGUUUAAAACAGUAUAUAAAGGACUGGACACUGAAACAUGGGUUGAGGUUGCUUGGUGUGAGCUACAGGAUCGGAAAUUAACCAAAGCUGAGCAGCAAAGGUUUAAGGAAGAAGCAGAGAUGUUAAAGGGUCUCCAACAUCCUAAUAUAGUUCGAUUUUAUGAUUCCUGGGAGUCUAUAUUAAAAGGAAAGAAAUGCAUUGUAUUAGUGACCGAACUUAUGACAUCAGGAACAUUAAAGACGUACUUAAAACGAUUUAAAGUCAUGAAACCAAAGGUCCUAAGGAGCUGGUGCAGGCAAAUUUUAAAGGGGUUGCAGUUCUUGCACACUAGGACCCCUCCUAUUAUUCACCGGGAUCUGAAGUGUGACAAUAUUUUCAUCACGGGACCUACUGGAUCUGUGAAGAUUGGUGAUUUAGGCCUAGCUACCUUAAUGCGCACAUCAUUUGCUAAGAGUGUCAUUGGGACUCCUGAGUUUAUGGCCCCAGAGAUGUAUGAAGAACACUAUGAUGAAUCUGUAGAUGUGUAUGCUUUUGGAAUGUGUAUGCUGGAAAUGGCUACUUCGGAGUACCCUUAUUCAGAGUGCCAAAAUGCAGCUCAAAUAUACCGUAAAGUAACUAGUGGCAUAAAACCAGCCAGUUUCAAUAAAGUCACUGAUCCUGAAGUGAAAGAAAUCAUCGAAGGCUGUAUUCGUCAAAACAAAUCUGAAAGGUUGUCUAUCAAGAACCUACUAAACCACGCAUUUUUUGCUGAGGAUACAGGACUGAGGGUGGAGUUAGCAGAGGAAGAUGAUUGCUCAAAUUCAUCCCUGGCUUUAAGACUUUGGGUUGAAGACCCUAAGAAAUUGAAAGGCAAGCACAAAGACAAUGAAGCUAUUGAAUUCAGUUUCAAUUUAGAAACAGAUACACCUGAAGAAGUAGCAUAUGAAAUGGUCAAGUCAGGAUUUUUUCAUGAAAGUGAUUCCAAAGCUGUUGCUAAGUCCAUUAGAGACCGGGUGACCCUGAUAAAGAAGACAAGAGAGAAGAAGCCGGCUGGCUGUUUGGAAGAACGCAGGGAUUCGCAGUGCAAGUCUGUGGGCAAUGUUCUCCUUCAGCCUCAGAAUACAACUUUGCCCCCUGCUCCUGCUCAGCACGCCAUGGCUGAGUGUGAAGAAACUGAAGUUGAUCAACAAGUUCGACAACAGCUUCUGCAAAGAAAACCACAGCAGCACUGCUCCUCUGUUAUAGGUGACAAUUUGUCUGAGGCAGGAGCUGGAUCAGUUAUACACUCAGAUACAAGUCAGCCCAGUACAGCCUAUUCCUCAGACAAGAUGAUGGGCUCUCAAAUGGUUUCUAACAUCCCACAGGCUGAAAUAAAUGUUCCAGGGAAAAUUUAUCCACCCCAACAGCUAGUAGGACAUUAUCAGCAGAUUUCAGGGGUGAGAUGAACUCUAAAGUUGACUCAGCCCCAAAUUUUGCCUUUGGCUCAAGGUCAGUCUACUGUUUUGCCUAUACAUGUCCUUGGACCUCCAGUUGUCUCACAACCCCUGGAGUCUCCAGUAACUGUCCAGAAGGUCUCACAGAUAAAGCCUGUAUCCCAACCAGUUGGAGUUGAACAGCAAGCAACUCUUCUAAAACUGGAUUUAGUUCAAAGUUUGCAUCAUGAUGUGGCAGCUGUGAAGGAAAACACCAAUACUCCUGACAACCCAAGUGGAAAUGGCAAACAAGAUCGGAUCAAACAGAGAAGAGCUUCCUGUCCUCGACCAGAGAAGGGGACUAAAUUCCAGCUUACUGUCCUUCAGGUGUCAACCUCUGGAGACAACAUGGUAGAGUGUCAACUGGAGACGCACAAUAACAAGAUGGUCACCUUCAAGUUUGAUGUUGAUGGUGAUGCACCAGAGGAUAUUGCAGACUAUAUGGUUGAAGAUAACUUUGUGCUGGAUAGUGAGAAAGAAAAAUUUGUAGAAGAAUUGAGGGCUAUCGUAGGUCAAGCCCAGGAGAUUCUUCAUGUCCACUCUGCUGCAGAAAGAGCCAUAGGAGUUGACUCUAUUACCGUGGAAUCCAACAAUAGUCAAACAGGAUCAUCUGAACAAGUACAGAUAAAUUCUGCAUCCACUCAAACCAGCAAUGAAUCUGCUCCUCAGUCGUCCCCAGUUGGUCGGUGGCGAUUCUGUAUCAAUCAGACAAUAAGAAACCGUGAGGCUCAAUCUCCUCCUUCUCUUCAGCAGUCCAUGUCUGCAGUGCCUGGGCUAUAUCCACUUUCUAGUCCAAGAAAAACAAAUAAUAAGGAAAUAUCACAGGACACACUGCUCACUCUAGAAAACAAUCCAUGCCAGCGUGCACUUUUCACCUCCAAGUCAGCACACAAGGAUUUAGUUGAUGGUAAGAUUUCUGAAUGUGCCAGUGUAGAAACUAAGCAGUCAGCUGUACCUUAUGAGGUGGAAGAUGACAGGCAUAGGAUGGCACCAGUUGCUAGUAGUUCCACUUAUACUGCUACUUUAGUUCAUACAGUUCCAGUUGAAUGUGAGGGACUCACCAGCCAACCAGGAAUAUUUCUACCUGUGUAUCCAUGUCACCAAGCUGCCAGUCAGGCUAAUGUACUUAUGGCACCUCCUGACGAAUCAACUCAGAUUGCUGGUAACUCUCUUAAAACUUCAGCAUUUAUGUCUGAUCAGAAGCCUCAAUCCUCAUCACUGCAGCAUCCAACUAUGGAUGCAGAGUUUACCUCCCAAGAAGGAGAAUCCACAGUGAACAUUGAAGCAAGUUCUCCUAAGAUGGGCAUUCCCACUCAGACCCCCGGCCUUGAACCAACUACGCUUCUACCCACUACUGUCCUGGAAUCAGAUGGGGAAAGACCUCCAAAAAUGGAGUUUGCAGAUAACCGAAUUAAAACUCUAGAUGAAAAAUUAAGAAACUUGCUCUAUCAGGAGCAUAGCAUAACUAGCUAUCCUGAGAGCCAGAAGGAUACCCAAAGCAUAGACUCUCCAUUUUCUUCCUGUGCUGAAGAUACAGUCUCAUGUCCAGUGCCAGAAGUCAUAGCCAUCAGUCACUGUGGAAUUCAAGACAGUCCUGCACAGUCCCCUAAUUUUCAGCAGACAGGCUCUAAGAUUCUGUCCAAUGUGGCUGCCAGUCAGCCUGCUAACGUAUCAGUGUUCAAAAGGGACCUGAAUGUGAUAACUUCUGUACCCAGCGAAUUAUGUUUACAUGAGAUGUCCCCAGAUGCUUCACUUCCAGGGGAUCCAGAGGCCUAUCCUGCUGCUGUGUCAAGCGGUGGAGCCACUCGCCUGCAGACAGGAGUGGAAACAGAAGAUACGAGAUCAGCACUUGCUCCCGAUCCCAUUCCUCUGGCCGGGGAGUCCACAGCUGACACCAGGACUUUGAGUAGAUGUAAAGCAAUGAGCGGAUCAUUUCAGCGGGGUCGGUUCCAGGUGAUUACGGUUCCUCAGCAGCAGUCAGUGAAAGUGACAUCUUUUGGAAUAGAACACAGGCCAGUCUUCAGUGAAAUGACAAGCCAUUCUAGUGAAGAAGCUCUAGCCUUUAUUGAAACAGCAAAGGUUCAGUUGGUAGAAAUGGAACCUGCCACGCACAAUCCACAAACUUUAUUUUCUCCUCAGAAGUUACAAGCUCUUCAUGAAACCUUUAAGGAAGAUAAAAGAAUUCCUAAACAAAGUGACAACUUCUCAUCUUUCAGCACAGCUUGUGAGACUGAUGUAUCUUCUAUAACCCCAGAAAAGGAAUUGGAAGAAAAUUCAGCAGCAGGAAGUAGCAUGCAGUCUGGAUCUGAACUUUUGCUUAAAGAGAGAGAGAGUCUUACUGUUGGGAGACAACCUAGCUCUGAUAGUGAAUUUUUAGCCACUCUUCCUGGCAGAGGGAACUCAGUGGCAAAGACUCAUCCAGAGAGUGAUCAGUGCUUAUCACUCCAUGAAGAAAAAGCUUGUGCUCAAACACAGACCUCACUCAUCUAUUCACCAUCUUCCCCAAUGAGCAGUGAUGAUGAAUCAGAAAUAGAGGAUGAGGACUUAAAGGUGGAGCUUCAAAAAUUACGAGAAAAACAUAUUCAGGAGGUGGUAAAUCUUCAAACCCAGCAGAAUAAGGAGCUGCAGGAGCUCUAUGAACGCCUCCGGGCAAUUAAAGAUAGCAAAGUCCAGUCAUCAGAGAUUGCUCUGCCGUCUGUAUCACCACCACGUAGACCAAGAUCUUUCAAAAGCAAGCUUCGAAGCCGCCCCCAGUCCUUGACACAUGUGGACAGUGGUGCAGUUGCUACAGAUUCACUGUGUGUGGAGACUAAUACAGCAUCAAGCCAGCAAUCUCCAGCUAGUAAAAAAGGGAUGUUCACAGAUGACUUACACAAACUGGUGGAUGACUGGGCAAAGGAAACAGUAGGGAAUUCUCUUAUUAAGCCAAGUUUAAAUCAACUUAAACAGAGUCAACACAAAUUAGAGACAGACAACUGGAACAAAAUGCAUGAAAAUACUCCAUCUACUCUGGGCUACACACCAACAUGGAUUUCUUCUCUGUCCCAAAUCCGUGGAGCUGUCCCAACCUCCUCGCCACAAGGACUCUCACUCCCUUCAUUUCCCGGGCCGUUGCCAUCGUACGGAAUGCCCCAUGUUUGUCAGUAUAAUGCUGUAGGGGGGCCAGGGUACCCAGUACAGUGGGUAGGAAUUUCAGGACCACCACAACAGUCUGUAGUGAUUCCUACCCAACCCGGGGGACCGUUCCAGCCAGGGAUGAAUUUGCAGGCGUUUCCAGCUUCAUCAGUGCAGAAUCCAUCCACGAUCCCUCCUGGUCCCAAAUGA